UGUGUGUUGGUGUGUGUGUGUCUGUGUGUGUGUGGGAGGGGUCGGUAGAAUGUAAUAAACACAUGCACACAAGUUAGUGGUACCCGAGUGCGUAAGAGAACAGGCUGCACACAAAGUUUAUCAUGAAACUUUUAUGUUGUGGAUUUGAAAGUUUCUGGAAUCACAACGCUGAGGACGCAACAUGGAGGUCACAGAGGUGACAGGUUUCAGAGAGGACGAAAGCAUCUCAUCCACUCCAGCUGACCAAUCAGUCGCCAGCAAUUCCUCUUUGCCGUCUGAUUGGUCAACUCUAUCUUCAGAGUACAAUGAUACUGAGGUGGUCCUACUGGGCGCCGCUAUGGCCAUUCUGGUUGUGGCCAUCGUCUUUGGUCGGUGUCCAGGCAACGUGCUGGUGAUCAGUGCCAUCUUGCGCUUCCGGCGGCUGCAGACGGUCACCAACCUCUUCAUCGCCUCGCUGGCCGUGGCCGACCUCAUCAUGGGCGUGGCCGUGGUUCCGUUUGGGUCCAUCUACAUCCUGCUGGGGACCUGGCAAUUUGGGAACUUCCUGUGCGAGUUCUGGACGGCCACAGAUGUGCUGUGCGUCACGGCCAGCAUCGAGACGCUGUGUGUGAUCGCCCUGGAUCGCUACCUCGCCAUCACCUCGCCCCUUCGCUACCCGACACUGCUCACCAGGGGGCGGGCCUUGGCGGCCAUUGUGGGCGUGUGGGUGGUGGCCUGCCUCAUCUCCUUCCUGCCCAUCCACCUGAAGCUGUGGCUGUCACACGAUGAGGAGGCACUGCGCUGUCUGGCCAAUGAGCAAUGCUGCGACUUCAACACCAACGCGGCGUACGCCGUGUCCUCCUCGGUGAUUUCCUUCUACCUGCCGCUGGCACUCAUGAUCUUCCUCUACUCGCGCGUCUUCCAGGAGGCCCAGAAGCAGCUGAAGAAGAUCAGAGGGCGGGAGAGGCACCUCCACCAGCUGCGUCAUGAGUCCCCGGCACUCCCUUGUGAACACAGCCCAGCUCUGGAGCUUCUCGAGAUGGAGGACAGGAUGAACCUGGAGGAGUCGACGCAAGCGGCGGAAGAGGACGCGCGAGCGAGAAUGGAGAAAGAAGGCUGCAGCUCAAAACGAGUGAAGCUGAGCGUGAAGGAACACAAGGCACUGAGGACUCUGGGAAUCAUCAUGGGCACGUUCACCCUCUGCUGGCUUCCCUUCUUCAUCCUCAACAUUCUCAUCAGCUUCCUCAGCCUGGGAGACAUCAGGCUGCUCUUCAGGCUCCUCAACUGGCUGGGAUACUCCAACUCCGCCUUCAACCCACUCAUCUACUGCCGCAGCCCCGACUUCAGACACGCCUUCCAGGAGAUCCUCUGCCUGCGGAGCGGACCAUGCCGAAAAGGGCACGGCACGGCUCAAAGAUGCAGCAGGCCGAGAUGCUUGAAGCCCUUGCGCACGGCAAAAGGGAACGUGGGCACAGUGAGUAGGGGUGAGAUCAAGCCCUGCAGCUGGCUGACCCAAAUGUCCUCCACUGGGAGGGUUCUGGAACUGUCUCCAGGUUCUUUCAGCGGCUCUCAAGCUAACUAUUCUAAUAGGGAGAGCUGUGAGGAGACAUUGCCUUCUCUGGCUUGACUGGGGAGCGAUGGAGAUCCAGGGAGAAAGAAGCAGAUUUACAUCUCAAUUUUUUUCUAUUUCCUUCCUUCCUUUAUUCAUCCACUGUCAGCAAAUGGUACCAAAAUAAUUGCAACUUCUGGUACCCUUCUGGGUACAAGUACAGUUGUGGAGAAGCUAAAGGGGCAACGUGUUGAUUGGUGGACAAAGAAUGGUCGAGAAGACAAAAAAACAAGAUGUCCGCCAUUGUUGUUUACUGUGUUAUAUUGAUUGGUAAAUAUCGCAUCAUUAUUUUAGUUUAUUUCUGUCACUCGUGCUAUUACUGUAUCUUGUGUCUAUUUAUUCCGUUUCUAUGGUGAAAGUGACGUCAAGAUAUUACAUUACUUGACAAAAUGGAAUGUUCCACAUGUGCAUGAAACAAAAGCAGUACAUUGGCAUUAAGAGCUGCAGCCUGAGAACUUGCACGUGUGACAUUGACACACAGUGUGUGUGCGUGUGUGCGUGUGUGCGUGCAUGCGUGAAAAAAAAUGACAAGAGGCAGCAGGUGCAUGUGUUCACAAUAUCAGUUGCUCUCAAUGUCCUACUAUCUUCUACACUGACUCCACACACACACACACACACACACACACACACGCACACACAAACUCUGGGUCAGCUGUAUCUAUUUGUGUGCUGAUGUAGUAGACUAGUAUCAGAAUUCAAUAAUUCUGCAACAGACCCGCAAUCAGAAUCUGCACAUUUAUCUUCUAUGAAUUUCUCGUAUUUUCCGGAAAUGUUCCCUUAUUUUCAAAUGCAAAUAUUGAUGGGUAUGGUCUUAACAGCUUCACAAGCAUACAUGUUUUGCAGAGUAACAUGGUUCUCCACCUGUGUGCGUCGAUAUUGUAAGCCCCCCCUUACAACAACAAAUGGCCGAAACAAACAAUUACAGUGGAACCUUGGUUAGCGUUGGUUAAUGUAAGAUUCCGCCUCAGUUUGUGUACAUUUUCCGGUUAGCGUACAGUAUGGCGUGCGUAUUGUUGUGUUAUUAAUACACUGCAUUUUCACAAAAUGUCCUUGUUAGCAGCUUGCUAAUACGUGGAAACAGGAACCGGAAGUCAGCUCUGUCGCUCGUCUAUGAUGACAUCAGCAGUUGACUCUGUAGUUCUUUCUUUGUCUAAAAAUUUUUAACACAAAACACAUUUUAUAGUUUUACAAGUAUAGUUUUACAUGCAUAAAACAAUUCGAGGUGCAUAUAAAUGACGAAUUAAAGGGAUAAAUGAUGAUUCAGGGCUGAGGCCCGGUCACACAGCACAAACUUUGCUGUAGCGUUCCUGGUGCGGUGAAAAAAAUUUAUCACCGCUCAUAACCGCGCACAAAAUGGGACAAAAAAACGAAAACACAGGCGUUGUCCUAGCGGUGCACCGCUGAAGCCGGCGUUGCUUUAGUGUUGGUUUAACGGUAGCGAACGUUGGUUUAGCGGUGACGCGAGCAUUGAUAGAGCGGCGUUCUGCGCAUGCGGGCUGGUGGCAUCCUCAUGAAGUGCUGGAAGGCUCGUGGAUCCUCAUUCCUCAGCUCCACCAUCAGCUUGUCAUACAGUCCAUGUUCACGCCUUCUCAGUAUCCACUGUCUGACCCACACAACUCUGUCUCUCCUUCUUCUCUGUGAUGAACUUUGCCGUGGCGGAAAAUUGCCCACUCCUCACCGCUCGCAAUAUUUUGUGCAGCUCAAAACCUUCGGAGCGGUAGGAGGGACCAUCAGCGGUGCCUGAGCGUAUAUGGCGUUGCCUUAACAGUGGCCAACUUCUGUUAAAUGGUGGUGAACGGUUACGAGCGGUGAUGAUUUUUUUCACCGCUCCAGGAACGCUACAGCAAAGUUCGGGCGGUGUGACCGGGCCUUUACUUUUACCUUCAAGACGUGACUGUUGCCAAAGACGAGGUUUGGCAAUGAGUUCAACACGGACAUCACCUUUGUGUUUUACCAUUAGUUAUUUUUUUUUUUAUUUUAAAGUUUCUCACCUUCCUUAUCAAAAUGCUGGCAUUUGCAAAUUUCUUUGGCUCUUGGGUGAUUUUGCAGCCAUGAUCAAAAUAAAGACAAAGACUUGCGGUGUGAUACGCUAAUGAAUUCCAAAAAUAACACAAAGGUGGUGUGUGUGUUGAUCUCGCUGCCACAAUGUGUCUUUGGCAACAAUCACAUCUUCAAUGAAGCUAAACCGUAACCGUAAAUGUUCAUUUAUUCCUUUCAUUCAUUUAUAUGUAUACAUAUGUACAGUAUUUAGAAUUGUUUUCUACAUGUAAAAUUGUAAAACUAUAAAAACAUGUUGUGUAAACAUCUUUGGUUUUCUGGAGCAGAUUCAUUGGAUUUACAUUAUUUCUUAUGGGAAAACUUGAUUGGGUUAGUAUGGGGUGCAAACUAAUUUUACUAAUUUAUAUAGUAUAGUAAUAAAAAUAUAAUGAAAUGUUUUUCUUCAAAGGUUUUUUCAAACUUAAAAAAAAAAAGAAACUAAAUGGUCAAUCUAAAACUUCUCCUCAAAAAGCGAGGAGAAAUAUGACCUUUGGGAAAAGAACGAUGCAAAAAACUUUCAGCAUUUCAGUAUGUGCAAUCAAAUUAUGGAACGGAUUGAGUAAGGAACUCACAACAAUGCACUAAAAUUUGCAAUUUCAAAAAACAGUACAAGCAGUUGAUUUUUACGAAGUACAAGGAAGAAGAGACCUGAACCACUGUGUACAUACAAUGCUAUGUCUACUGAUGACUACUAACGCUUAUUUUUGUUUUUGUGAGUACAUUGUCUGUACUCACUCAUUAUCCAAAGAUGUUUCUUAACCGUCCAUCCAUCCAUCCAUCCAUCCAUCCAUUUUCUAUACCGCUUCUUCCUCAUUAGGGUCGCGGGGGUAUGCUGGAGCCUAUCCCAGCUGACUUCGGGUGAUGGGCGGGGUACACCCUGGACUGGUCGCCAGCCAAUCGCAGGGCAAUCGCAGGUGUGUUUGUUUUCUUAACCCUUUUAUCAGUUAUUACUAUUACCGUAAUUUCCAGUGUAUAAGCCACUACUUUUUUCUUAAAUGUUGAACCCAGCGGAGUAUACAGCAGCUAAAUUCGAACCUCGUGACAUCUCCUUUACUUCCGAACUACUACUAAUAGUUUAAAUACUGCGCUACUCACUAUAACAGUCUGACGGUGUCAUUUUAAAAAAUCAUCAACAAAGCAACACUCAAAAGGUAUACCUAAGAAAUAUACAAGCAAGUGCCAGUACAAGUUUAAAAUGAAAAAACUAACAAUUUUAAGUUUUCCUAUAAUGCAUUGCGUGCUCACUGGUGCCUGCCGCUACAAUAUUAGUCUCCCUCUGGGCUCUGGGAUCUUCUUUCUCUCUCUGGUGGACAGAGGCAGCAUUACAGCACCAACCAUCCAUUUUCUAUGCCGCUUGUCCUCCAAUAAAAGGCUUUGCUCAGACGCAAUGCGUGUUGGGAAAACUUUAAAAUAGUUGUGUUUUUUUUUCAUUUUAAAGUUGUAUUGGUACAUGUUUGUAUAUUUCUCAAGUAUAAUUUUUGAGUGUUAAGUUGCUGUGUGAUGAGUAAGAUGACACAGCGAGUCAAGAUACUGAGUAAUAAACUCCUGCAAUUUCCAAAGGCUUGACAAGCUUUUUUCAUAGCUCAUGAUUGGCUCCUGUCAAAUAAAGAGGUCCCGAGUCCUCACGGACUUCUGCACGCCACAGUAUGCCAUUUAUGACGUGGACAUGUGCGGCUUAUAGUCUGGUGCUUUUUAUAUAUGUACAAAUCUGUUUUCCCCCGUAAAUUUAGAAGGUACGGCAUUUACAGGAUAUAUCAUUUAUCUUGACUGUUAUAUAAUUUAUUUACAUUACAGUAACUACAACCUUGACUUCUAUUUUACCACAUUGUAAUACUACCUUAUCAUUUUCCUAUGCAUUUAAAACAAAGUACAUUUGGAAUACAGGAAGUGAACAAAUUUAUUCCAAUUGACGUGAAACAGAUGGGGGGUAGGAUUACAUAAGCUUUGCUUCUUCCUACUCCUUUUUGGACAUGUAGAACUGUGAAUUGUACUACGUGAUGUAUUCCAAUGUAACUUGAAUGCAUGUUCAAAAUAAACCAUUACCAUUAACACAAAUAAAUGCUAAACCUAAAUGUUAAAUUGAAAUGAUAAAUCUCAAUUUAAAUCUUGAAUCUAACUCUAAAUGUAAAUAUUAAAUCUAAAUACAAAUGUUAAAAAUGAAUAUUAACUCUAAAUCUACAAAUCUUAAAUGUAAAUAUUAAAUCUAAAUAAUAAAUCUAAAUAUAAAUGUUUAAAAUAAAUCUUAGAGAAAUAGAAGAUCCCGCUGUAGUCAAAAGUUGAUUUAUGACCCCGAAGGUCAAAGGUCACAUGCCAUAUCUAAUAGGGCCAUAUCUCAUAGGUCUUAAUUCAUAAACCACCACCACAAUGACUGAGAUCAAAAGGCUGUAAAUCAUAAACAGAUAUCUGGAAAAAAUGAGGUGACCUCUUGGUCAAAAGUCAUAUUUCACAGGUCAUAUGUCACAUUUAAUAAUUCCUAAAUCACGACCACGUGACUGUGUGGUCGACCCUCCCAUCUCUCUGGGCAUGUGACUAUGUGCGUGCGUGUGUGGUUGCCCCCAACGACGUGGGCCUCUGUAGCUUUUUUAGUGAUCCCUUGUGUUUUAAGAGGCCCAAUUUGUUGUGUACGUUUACAAAAACUAUUACAUUCAAUAUUCUAUAUUUAUUGAGAGGUAGCCUACUAGGUUCACCCUCUGUAGCUGUUUUUUACUGAUUUCUUGUGUUUUAGGAGGCCCAAUUUCUUAUGUACUUUUAAAAAAAACAAUUACAUUCAAUAUCAUGCGUUUAUUGUUUUAGAAGAUCCAAUUUCUUGUGUACUUUUACAAAAACCAUUCCAGCCUCUGUAGCUUUUUAAAAAAAUUAGCUAAAAAAGGAAGGUGGCUAUUUAUGAAUGUUGGGUUUAAAAAUGAAGAAUUCAUGGAAUACUUACCUUUUAGCACUGCGUCCAUCAGGCUUGUUUCUUCAUGAACUGAGAGCAAACUAGGUGUGCAGUUCUAGAACAUCUAGGUCGUGCCCCAGCCAGGCCAAAAAACAGAAGUGUCAGCUUGACCCAUCAGUGACCCACAGAGUGUGAGAUGUCAUAUGGCAAACAUGGCCAAGUCAUAAAGUAUCAUACUGAUUUAAGAUAAUUACCUUUAAAAAUGCAAACAAUGUUUUUACCAUACAUAAAUGGCAUGAGAUGCCAUUUGGCAAACAUGAGUACCGGUAAGUCAUAAAGCUAACAAUUUCUGGUCAAGAAAUCAGCCAGGCCAAAAACAAGUCUCAGUUUGGUCCAUCGGUGACCUCAACCCACAGAGGGGGUUCAGGGACAAGUUAGACAUGUAUGGACAUAUCCUAAUUUAAAAAAAAAAAAGGUCUAGUGCACCAUCACCAUGACGUCGAGGCGAGGGUGUGGAUGUGUGAUCUAGUAAUACUUUAAUUUGCAUUUGCAUACAAUGUAUAAAAACUAUUAUUUGUCUUUUAUAUUUGAUGUUUUUCUUAUGUACUGUACCUCUAAUGACUGUUGUAUUUAUUGAGAGUCAAUGAAAUAAUAUAUUUUUAUGUAAUUUUAAGUAUUUAACACUUAUUUCAGCUUUAAAAUGCGGAUAAUUACUUUGGGUGCUGUAAGGAUUUCCGCAUCUUCCUCCGUCCGCCAUGUCUGCUUUAAUGUUGAUGAAGUUAUUAACUUGCAGGAAAAAAAAGCCCAAGUCACACCCCACCCUAUGGGCGUUUUGAACUGCGUGCGAAUAAUCAGGACAUGUAGAGCUAAUGUGUACAACUUUGUUUUUUCCUUUAAUUUUAAGGCUCAACCUUUCUUGUGAACAAUU